AUGGCAACCAUUAUCGCGUCCGAGAUAAACAUUUGUGCUAUUGCGGCGGAGUGGAUACUCGCGACAUCUGUCGCUGCAACACUCUUUAAGCCCACUCUGCGCACAGCCUCUUUAACUCGGAGGCUGCUAGAGCGACUCGCUGGUACUCUGUCUGGUGCAUGA